AUGGCAGAUUCAGGUCCCAGCUCAGCUCCCCCAGAGACCGAGGAGAUCGACCUCUACGAACUCCUCGGUGUCGAAAAGACUGCCACACAAGACCAGAUCAAAAAAGCGUACCGAAAGGCUGCGCUGCAACACCAUCCAGAUAAAGUACCUGAGGAACGUCGAGAUGAAGCCGAGGCGAAGUUCAAGGCCGUGACCCAAGCCUACGAGAUUCUGCGUGACGAAGACAAGAGGCAAAUUUACGAUGCCGGGGGAAUGGCCGCCCUUCGCGGCGGUCCCGGUGGCCCUGGUGGCCCCGACUUGGAAGAUAUUCUUUCCCAGAUGUUCGGCUUCGGCUUUGGUGGUGGCCCCGGAAGGGGUCCUCCUGGCCAGCGACGACCAAGACGCGGGCCCGACGAAGAGCAGGAAUACACCGUUACCUUGGAAGAGCUCUACAAAGGAAAGACGGUCAAGUUUUCUGCCAACAAGCAAGUCGUCUGCUCCCAGUGCAAGGGCACCGGAGCCAAGGAUAAGGUCAAGCCUCAGCAGUGUGAGCAGUGCAAGGGUCACGGUGUUGUGGAGGGCCUCCGCCAAGUCGGCCCCGGUCUCCUGACUCGAGAAGUCUUGCCCUGCGACCACUGCAAGGGUUCCGGAAACUUUUACAAGGAGAAGGAUCGCUGCAAGAAGUGCAAGGGCAAGCGCACAACGCAGGAGACCAAGGUCCUCGAGAUAUACAUCCCCCGAGGUUCCCUGCAGGGAGACCGCAUCGUUCUUGAGGGAGAGGCCGACCAGUUCCCCGAUCAGACUCCCGGAGAUAUUGUUUUCACCCUAGUCGAGGAACCGCACGAUGUCUUCUCCAGAGUCGGCGCAGAUCUGUCUGCCGAGCUCAAGGUCACCUUGGGCGAAGCUCUUGGCGGCUUCUCCCGUACCGUGUUGACGCAUCUCGACGGCCGAGGUAUUCACAUCACCCGCGAACAAGGCCAUGUCCUACGCCCUGGUGACGUAUUGAAGGUCCCUGGAGAAGGUAUGCCUCUUAAGCGGGGCGACGAGAAGGGAGACCUCUACUUGAUCGCCACCAUCGAAUUCCCCAAGGACGGCUGGCUCCAAAAAGAGGCCGAGUUCGAAGCUCUCAGCAAACUCCUGCCUGGACCUCCUCCUCCUAUCACUGCUGAGGAGGUCGAUGAAGUUCAUUACGAGGACGGCGCAGACCUUGAAGAAAUGGUUUCCGCCAAGCAGCACGUUCCCAUCGUGAAGAAGCGCACUAAGCGCUUCACCCGCCACCAGAGCGACCGCUUCAAGUGCGUCGACCCCAGCUGGCGCAAGCCUAAGGGUAUCGACAGCCGUGUUCGCAGGCGGUUCAAGGGCAACCUUGCCAUGCCCUCGAUCGGCUACGGCUCCAACAAGAAGACCCGAUUCAUGAUCCCCUCCGGCCACCGUGCCUUCCUUGUCAGCAACGUCAAGGAUGUCGAGCUCCUCCUCAUGCACAACCGAACCCACGCUGCCGAGAUUGCCCACAACGUCUCCUCGAGGAAGCGAAUUGACAUCAUUGCCCGGGCGAAGCAAUUAGGCGUCAAGGUUACGAAUCCCAAGGCGAAGGUUACGACCGAGGUGUAA